AUGACAAAUUUCAGUUGGCAAGAUAUUGAUGAUUCCAAGUUUGAUAAGUUUUUCUCAUCUCUACUUGAAAUGGAAGACCUUAAGAAGAAUUUCAAAGAUGAUUGGGAUAAAAAAACUGAACCGCAAGGCAAAGCAAGGGUUGUUUGUCAUGAAGAUUUAACUUUAAAGGACAAAAGCAAGUUUGAGUCGGAUCUGGACAAAUUUUUGAUACCGAAGAACAAGUCCCAUGUUGAUCCUACAGGGAAACAAAUGUUGUGUUUUCUGAAACGAGUCUGUGCUCUACAUUUGUUUCUGAUGUCGAAGACAGUUGCAAUCAUUGAGUUCACUAAGGUUGCAGAAAACAGAAUGCGUUUACCGUCUGCUGUUUCCGAGGAUUUGUGUCUUUCUAUUCACAACCUCCGUGAUGUUUCACUUCAAAACCUUAGAUGUGAGGUAACAAACAUGAACACUAUAGUGGAAAAGAAUGGAGAUGGUUACAGUACAAACUACACUAUCAAAGUGAAGAUUAUUAGUUUGUGGAGAAAGAAGAUGAAAGGUAAUGAAAGAGAGACAUAUCAUAUCGAUAUGAUACUAAUGGAUGAGAUGAUUCAAGCUUCUUGCUUACAUAGGCUGUUUUCAAAAUUUGAGAGACAUCUUAAUGUUGAUGAUUGCCUUAUAAUAAAAAGGCCAUCUCUUGCUGCGAACACUGCAUCUUUCAAAAUUGUUCCUAACAAUCAAAAGCUCUCUUUUUAUUACCAUACAUUUGUCGAAAAGUGCAGUAACUGGGAUGGUCCACAGUUCGUUUUCGAUUUUGUUGAUUUCAAGGAUGUUCUGUCACAGAGAUACAAGGAGGGUACAACAAUAGAUUUCAUCGGUUACGUUGUUGUUUGCUAUAAAAUUGAGGACACUAACAAAAAAGAUGGUACUAAAGGAAAACGCCUCAAUCUUAAGCUUCAAGAUCUCGAAGAUGUUGAGGUUGAUUUAACUCCUUGGGAUGAUUAUGCCAAGGACAUGAGUUCGUACAUGGUUAGUCAAGAUCGUGAAGCGCAUGUUGUCAUCGCUGUACAUUUUGGUGCUGUUAAAACCUACAAAGGUAAAUGGGGGAUUUCUAAUAAUUUUGAUGGUACACGGCUUUUUAUUAAUGACAAUUUUGAUCAGAUGCUAACGUUUAUUGCAAAACUUGCUGCUUCGGCCGAGUCAAGUAGCCAUCUAGGGUCGUUUGUGAUAUGUUCUGUUGAAGAUGAAUUUAUGAACAAUGAUGUUUUUUCACCAAUUGCUUAUAUUGGCUCAAUCAUUCAGCCAAAAAAAGUUGUUAUUGUUGGAACUAUUGUAGCAAUUGUUUCUGAUAAGAUGUGGUAUUAUGAUGGAUGUAACUAUUGCAAGUCCAAAGUUGAGCAAAACUUUGAAACUUAUGAUAGGGAGGAUGGUACAAGUGAUGUUAGAGAUGAGAAGAUGUACCAAUGCUCCAACAAGGAUUGUCAAGGCAAAGAUGUUUUCCCGAUGUCGAGGUUUAAAAUACCAAUUCGUGUUCAAGAUUCAACCAGUACGGUGACACUUACAUUGUUUGAUCACGAGGCGUUGAAGUUUGUUGGUAAAACCGCAAAGGAACUUAUACAAAUUCAGGACGAGAUACUCAAGACUAAUGAGGUUCCAAGAGCAUAUCCUGUUGAGUUUGAGACCUUGCUUAACCUCAAGUGUGCUUUUGUUAUUAGAGUAACAGACUUUAAUAUUACAAAUGCUGUUGAGAAUUAUGGUAUAUCAGUUGUUACCAAUGAUGUUGAUAUCUUGGAUCAGCUAAACAAAAAAUGGAAAAUUGAUCAAAUUGAUGUCUCUGAUUCGUUUGCUAUGAGUCAGUCUGAUUUCCAAGAUGCUGGCGGUGAAACUACAAAGGAUGGUGUUUCUUACACUGGAGAUAACUCUACACCUGUUUCAAAGGAUUCUGUUGUUGAUUUGAAUCAAUCAUCAUCUGAUUUGAAGCGUAACCUUGGUGAUGUUUAUGCGAUUGAAGACGGAAUUGGAUCGUCGGCAAUUGCUGAGGCAAAAAAUAGGCGUAGAUUAAGAAAACUCUAUCUUGAUAGUAAGAGAUCCACUAUUAGUCGAAAAUGUAUUCUUUCAAAAGGGGAUUCAACGGCUUCAUCAGGAAGACGUGUCGUUUUAAACAACAAAGAAAAUAUAACACCGAAUUCUUCAAUCAGCAGUUUGCCUACGAAUUGUUCAUAUGUGAUACCUUUAAGCAAUCGUUUAAAUUCUUCGAGCAACGUAUCAACUUCCAUUCUAACACCUUCUACUUCGAAGAAGAAAGGAAAAUCGGUGCAAGACCCUUAUAUAACACCAAAGCGUACACCGUUGUCAAAUGUGUCAAACAUAAUACCAGUAAAUAAUAAAAAUUAUUCAAGAGUGGUUACGUCUUCAUCUGGAUCAUUGUUAACGUUAGAUAGGAAGACAAGUAAUUUGCAAGAGUCGUCUAUAUCAAGACGACGUACAAAUAGUGCAAACAAAGAAAACGUAACACCUGCUUCGUGUAUCACAAACAUUCGUUCAGAAAUUCAUAAUGUCUCACAGUUUACUAAUGCUAUGUCUUCUUUGAAUCGUAUUUCUCCUGACAAUAUUGCAACGUCAUCUACUAUACCACUGACCGAUUGCUAUUCUAUUACUCCCCGGAUUGUUAGUAAACGCCAUGCAACAUCUUCGACGAGGGAAACGUCUUCGGUAAAAAGGUUGUUUUCUGGAAAGCGUACGCUUACUCAUAAACCAAUCGAAAUAGAACCCAUACCAAUGGCAGAUCUUGAUUUUGACGAUGAAAAUCGUAUUCAACAAGUGGAUAAAGACGUCACCAAAGGCACAUCUACAGAUUACCUUGAUCAUGGCGACCAAUGUAUUUGUUGUGGGUUAUGCUUUGCAAAGUUUUGGCGAACUGAAGCUGGAAAGGGUCGGAUUACACUUGAAAAGCGAACAUAUGGCUUAUGUUGUGGUUAUGGUAAAGUUGACUUACCUGAGUAUAAAGAAUCUGACCCAGCUUACCAGAUGCUUUUUCGAUCUUUAGAUUCAGAUAGCAAGUUUUUCUUAAAGAACAUUCGACGUUACAACUCAAUGUUUUCCUUUACUUCUAUGGGAGGAAAAGUUGAUACUAAAAUAAACAAAGGUAAUGCUCCUUUUGUUUAUAGAAUCAGCGGUCAGAAUGCACAUAAUAUGGGUAGCCUUCUUCCUAAAGCCGGAGACCAACCAAAGUUUUCACAACUUUAUAUUUAUGAUACUGAGAAUGAACUUUUCAAUAGGAAGACCUUAUUUCGCGAUUCAACAACUCAGUUUUCUUCCAGAGCAAAAGAGCUUGACGAUAAAUUCAUAAAGUAUCUUACCGACAUGUUAGAUUCAAAAAAUAUGUUGGUAAAAACAUAUCGGAUGGUUCGAAACCAUCUUCAUGAGAAACCUAACGUUUCUCUUAGGCUUCGGUUGAUUUAUCAGAGAGAUCGAGAUGGCAGGACUUACAAUUUACCUACAUCAUCAGAAGUUGCUGCUUUAAUUGUUGGCGAUGAAGAUCAAAGCGUGGAACAACAUGACAUUAUUGUCGAAGAGCAGUCAGGAGCGCUUAAACGUAUUAGCGAGUUACAUCCGUCAUACCUUGCUCUACAAUAUCCAAUUCUUUUUCCAUAUGGAGAUGAUGGCUAUAGGAUUAACAUUCCUCAUAGGGAUUUUGGUCCAAACACAAAGAAGACACGUCCAAAUUGCACGAUGAGAGAGUUCUUUGCUUAUAGAAUGCAUGAUAGGGAUAACAAGUUCUCUCUAAUCCUUAAUGCGAGGAGGUUGUAUCAGCAGUUUAUAGUCAACGCAUACGCAAUGAUCGAAAGCGAGAGGCUAAACUACAUACGAUUUCAGCAAACAAAAUUAAGAUGCGAAUCGUUUAAUAGUCUAAAAAAUGUUCAGCAAGUUGGCCAAGGUGAUUUGUCGCAUACUGGAAAACCUGUCAUAUUACCUUCGUCGUUUACUGGUGGAGCUCGCUAUAUGAUGCAAAAUUAUCUAGAUGCUAUGGCUUUAUGUAGGACUUAUGGGUAUCCUGAUUUUUUUAUAACUAUUACAUGUAAUCCGAAAUGGCCCGAGAUGGUAAGGUUUAUUGGUGACUCAUCAGUUAAGCCUGAAGACAGACCCGACAUACUUUGUCGAUUGUUUAAGAUGAAGCUUGAUGCAUUGAUAAAAGACCUUAAGGAAAAAAAAUUCUUGGCGAUAUUAAUGCGGAAGUGUGGUCUGCCACAUGCUCAUUUAUGUGUGUUUUCGAAAGCUGAUCAUAAGGUUCCUACUGUUGAACAUAUCGACCCUUUUAUCUCAGCUGAGAUUCCUGAUAAGAAUGAAGAUCCUGAAUUAUAUUCUCUGGAAACCGUUGUUCUAAGAAUUUUCCAAAGAAGUUUUUGGAGGCUACUUCUGUUGAUUCAGAUGGAUUUCCGCUUUAUAGGCGAAGAGACGACGGUCACAGUUAUCAAGAAGGGUGUCACAUUGGACAACAGGAGCGUCGUUCCAUACAACAAAAGGCUUCUUAGAAGAUAUCAGGCGCACAUUAAUGUGGAGUGGUGCAAUCAGGCAGGUUCAAUUAAGUAUUUGUUUAAAUACAUUAAUAAAGGACCAGACACAGCCACUAUUGCUGUUAUAGAUUCGGACAGAGGAAUUGAAGAGGAGAUACCGAAAGAUGAAAUAAAAGAAUAUUACGAGGCAAGAUAUGUUUCCGCAUGUGAAGCCAGUUGGAGAAUAUUUGCAUGUGAAGUUCACUAUAGGUAUCCGUCUGUUAUGAGGUUACCAUUUCAUCUUCCAGGCCAGCAAAAUGUAGUAUUCAGUGGUGAAGAUGUCCUAAAUAAACCUCAGGUUAAUUCUUCUAUUUUUCUAGAGUGGAUGAACAUGAACAAAAAACCAGAAGCAAGGAAACUUACCUAUGUUGAGUUUCCAUCAAAGUAUGUUUGGAAGUUACAGGAUCGUUGCUGGCAGCCGCGAAAAAAUUAUGUUGUGGUUGGGAGAAUCUAUUCUGUUUCUCCUUCCCUUGGUGAGGCUUAUUACCUUAGAAUUCUUCUAACCAAGGUCAAGGGUCCACGAUCUUUUGAAGAAAUUAGAACCUAUGAGGGUGUUGUUUAUCCUACUUUUAGGGAUGCAUGUUAUGCACAUGGCCUUUUAGACGAUGACAACGAAUACAUUGAGUGUUUUGUUGUUUCAGAUGAGCGUUUAAAGAAUAUAACGUUGUCUAAAAUCGAAAACUAUCUUAUCCGUAAUGGAUCCAGCUUGCGUAGAUUCUCACCAAUGCCUGUUCCAGACGAGGAUUCCACAGUAUACGAGACCAACCGUCUGAUAAAUGAGGAGCUUUCUUGGGACAAGGAUGAAGUUAGGGCUGAAUUCAAUAAGCUUCAUAAUUCUUUAAAUGAUGAUCAAAGAGCAGUGUAUAACGAGAUCAUGUCUGCUGUUGGACGUGGGAAAGGUGGUGUUUUUUUUGUGUACGGUUACGGUGGUACAGGUAAGACAUUUCUGUGGAAAACUUUAGCUGCUUCCAUAAGAUGCAAUGGAAAUAUUGUUAUUAAUGUUGCUUCAAGCGGUAUUGCGUCAUUGUUGUUAUCACGAGACCGAACUGUCCAUUCAAGAUUUCAUAUUCCGAUUAAUCUUAAUGAAGAUUUUGUUUUCCAUAUCAAGCCUAAUUCUGAAAUCGCUAAUCUUCUAAACGAAGCAAAGUUGAUUAUUUGGGAUGAAGCACCGAUGGUACACAAACAUGCUUUCGAGGCUCUUGACCGUACAUUGAAAGAUGUUUUGAGUGUCUCUGAUUCACGUAAUUCUGAACUUCCCUUUGGUGGAAAGACUAUUGUUUUCGGUGGUGACUUUAGGCAAAUCUUACCGGUUGUACAGAAUGGAAGCAGGCAAGAUAUCAUACACGCCUCUUUAUGUUCAUCUUACAUUUGGUCCACUUGCAAGGUUUUAAAAUUGACCAAGAACAUGCGUUUAUCUGUUGGAACCAGUAGUUCAAACAUUGAUGAGAUAAACAAUUUUGCGAAAUGGCUUCUUGAAAUUGGUGAAGGCAAUCUUGGUGAUGGUAACGAUGGCGAGUCAACUAUAGAAAUACCAAACGAUCUUUUAAUAACUGAUUCAACUGAUCCAAUUCAAAGCUUGAUUGACUUUGUAUAUCCGUCAGUUCUUCACCGUUUUAAAGAUUGUGACUACUUUUCAGAAAGAGCAAUACUUGCUCCUAAAAAUGAAGUUGUACAUGGUAUCAAUGAUCGUUUGCUUGCAUUAUUUCCCGGUGAAGAAGAAGAGUAUCUUAGCUCAGAUAGUUUAUGCCCAACUGAGGAAAUUAAUGAUUCAUUACACCAAGAUUUGUAUAAUCCUGAUGUGUUAAAUAGUGUCAUUGUUUCUGGCUUACCAAAUCAUAGAUUGGUGUUAAAGGUGGGUGUUCCAGUCAUGCUUUUGAGGAACAUUGAUCAGCAAAAUGAAUUAUGCAAUGGUACGCGUCUUCAGAUUACACGUCUUGGUAAACAUGUUAUAGAGGCUGAGAUACUAUCGGGAGGUAAUGUUGGUUCAAGAACUUACAUUCCCAGAAUUAGCAUGAUACCGUCAGACAAGAAAAUACCCUUCAAGUUUCAACGAAGGCAGUUUCCGAUAACCGUAUGUUUUGCCAUGACUAUUAACAAAAGUCAAGGACAAUCUCAUUCAAGAGUUGGUCUGUACCUAAGAGACCCCGUUUUCUCACAUGGUCAGCUUUAUGUUGCGUUGUCGAGAGUAAAGACCAGAGAUGGCGUGAAGCUUUUAAUAUUUGACAAAGAUGGAAGGCCAACGAAUAAAACUGCAAAUGUUGUUUACAAAGAAAUAUUUGGAAAGUUGCAGUAA